AUGUACAAAUACGAAUCACACGAACUCGGUGCGUCGCGGACUAUCUACGGUUGCCGGGUGACGGAUCGAUCGCCACCGGAACGGUCCGCGGUCCACCGGACUGGAUUUGCGUUGAUUCCCGGUACGCACACCGCCUGCCCCGGGUAUGCGGAUGGUCAUAAUCUGUCGCCUCGCCGCGCGACGCCGGAAGACGUGUUCUUCUAUCAACGCUAUCAUCAACAGCAGCAGCAGCAACAGCAACAAUUUGUGCCACACUUUGGCCACUCGCUGGGUACGCGAGUGCCCGACGCCGGUGGGGUAACGCUGGCCGACACUGGACCUUUGGCACCCUUCAGUACGCCAAUCUACACCCAGCAUAUGACCCUCCGGCCUGGCGCCAGCACGAGCGCACCCGAAGACGAUCAAGGCUAUGUCGAUCGCUGUUGCAACGCGGACACGGUCGGUCACUGUGGCUCCGAAGGCUUCGUACGCUGCCAACCGUACGGCAUCGGUGAGAAAUCGGUAGACAUAGUCCCGCCGGACGGGACGUUUGCAAACACGAUUGUCUACCCGGGUUACGCAAGCAGUGGCGAUCCGAGUGGCUUUUGCGAUCUUGAGCCGACGAAAACCGGGACAACCAGCAGCACCAGCAGUGCCGUCAGCACCCGAAGUGGCAACAGCUGCACCAACAGCCCAUCGCCCGAGGAUUUCCUCGCCGAUGUUUUCCCGUUUUCCUGUGACGGCCAUCGCACACACCCGCAUAGCACAUCGCCGAGACCAAAACGAUCCAACGCAGAUCCUCUUACCGUCGACGACAGCAGUCAAUUACAGCAACAGACGUUACACUCCGGAGAAACAGCUGUAAACUAUCCUUCACCCGCCAAAAAUAACACCAACACACCUGCCGCGCAGGCAAACCGCAUGUUACCAGCAGAGCAGCCACCGAAUCCCCAACAUUCAAAGAAAUCACGGACGGCCGAGGGAGCCAGCAGCGCUGCCAUCAACAAUCGUAAGGCCCGCACCGCUUUCACGAAAGCUCAGAUCAAAGCCCUGGAGGCUGAAUUUGCUCACUCGCAGUAUCUCACUCGCCUGCGCCGUUACGAGAUCGCAGUCGCCCUCAUCCUCAGCGAGCGGCAGGUGAAGGUGUGGUUCCAAAAUCGACGCAUGAAAAUGAAAAGGAUGUGCAUUUCCUGAGGCAAUCCCGGUGAUAUUAUCAAUCGUUGAAGAAGUUUGGAAACGCGCUGCAAAU